AUCUGUGCUUUUAUGUAUUGUUAUUGUGAUCCAUAAUCCAUUAAUUCACAUUGUUUUGUCAUUUAAUCAGUGUUAUAUUUAUAUCAACGGUGUAGCGAUAUUUUUUAUUUGACUUUGUAAAAAAAUAUUUUUAAGUUAGCUGUUCAAUAAGGACAGCAUGAAUUUUAGUACUAGAAUUCAGGCAAUAACUUAGUAACAUCGCAAAUGCACUAUGAAACUAUACAAUGUUUAAAAUAUAAUAUGACUCAGUUUGUACAUUGUAUCCUCUUUAAUUUUCUUUGAUGGGUUGUGCAGCGUCGGGCGUAAACCGAACAAUAAUGAUGUUUAAUAGACACGCUCAUAAUUCGUCGGAAUAUCGUGCAAUACUGGACCGAAAGCUCUAUAUAGCAAAGGAAUCACCGGAACCGGAGUUUGAUCUAUCAGGUUGCGAUUUAAGACAUUUGCCUUCUGGAAUAUUUUCAAUAUGUAAGGUUUUUCGUAAGGAAUACUUAUAUUUACAAAAUAACAAGCUAAAAACAUUAGAAGAAGGUGGGCAAUUAGCUGAUCUUCAGUUGGUCAAAACAUUAAAUAUUAGCAAAAAUAAUUUCACACAAAUACCUAAGAGUAUUAGGUUUCUCCUAUGUCUCACAGAACUUUACUUGCAAGAAAACCAAAUUACCUACUUACCAGAUGAAAUAAAGUUUCUACAAACCCUCAAAAUACUAGAUGUCUCAAGAAACAAUUUAAAAAAAUUAAAUCCAGUUUUGGGACAACUACAAAGCUUACGUAAACUUAUAAUUAUAGGUAACAAAGACCUGACUGAAAUCUGUAUAGAACUCUGUCUUGCUUCAAACUUAUGCUCAAUUGAAUUGGAUUGUGCACAAUUUUAUAUACCACCCCCUGAAGUUACAAUUAGGGGUACUGAAGCAAUAAUGAAAUUUCUUUGCCUUCAAGCAAAUAUUACAUAUAACCCACCUGUACCAGAAAAUGAUAACAUAUUACCAGCUUAUGGUGGAAAUCAGUCUGUGCACCUCUUUACUAAACCCAGAAUUACAUGGGAAGAAGCAGAACAAGCUGUUCAGCAAAAGGAAGACCAAAUAUAUAAAGCAAAUCAAGUACAGAGAGAGAAAAUUUUGUCAAAUGUUUUAAAAGAACAACUUAGCUUAGAUAUAGAAAUAUCUAAAAUACACGAAGGUAGGGAACUAGAAAGACAGAAAUUAAUAAAUACUAUACAAAAAGAAGAACAAAAUAUUGAAUGUUUAAUUAAUAACUUCAUAGGAUAUGAUAAACUAAAGCCUGAAAUCAUUCAACAACAACUAGCACAUGAGCAGUUAGAGCAUGACCAUUUGUUAGAAAUUACUAGACAAAACUAUGAUAACAUUAAAAAAAGUGACAUUUUAAAAACAAUGCAACAAUUAUUAGAAGAAAACUGCUCAGUAGGAAAGUAUAUGAAAUAUUAUAAAGAUAAUUUAAAUGAUGUUAAAAAGAACUUGUUAAUGAAAGAAACUGAGGUGGAUGAAAAAUUGGAACAAUUACUAAAUGCAAAAGAUCAGCUUAGAGAAGGACAAGUACAACUACUUUUAGAGGAUCAAGAUGUACAGAAAGCAAUGGUAUCUUCAUUAUUGGACCAAGUUGAUGCUAGAAGCUGGAGUUUGAAUCAGGAGAUAUCUUUAGUGUCAUCACAUUUAGCUAAAUUAAGUGUUAUUGAACAGGAAAAGAGGAAAAUUAACAUAGUUGAUAAUUAUAAUGAGCUGCUGGAACAGCGAAUACAUUUAGUUUCUUUACUGGAAGACCUUUUUAUUCAGAAAAAUAAAAGGAGAAAGCAAUUAAUUGAUACUUUGCAUGAAGCAGAAAAUGCAAGUAAUAAUAAGACAGAUUUUUGGUUGCAGAGCUAUAAAAAGUUGUUAGAUUGUGCACCUCCAUCUCUUCUAAGCAUGGGAAAAUCCUUAGAUCCUGUUCUUGUAAAUUAUCUAUUACAAGAAGGUGUCAUACACUGUUUACCAUUUUUGGUAAAUAUUUUGUUUUCUGAUACAUCCUAUUUGAAUAUAACUACCCAAGACUUAAAACUAUCAGGAGUAUGCUUGAAAAUGGACCAAGAAAAUAUUAUAAAGGCUAUUAAUAAAUAUUUGGUUAGUAAAAAUGGAAAUGAGCUUACAUCUUCGAAUACAAGUGCACCAACAUUACCUGCUGAUGAUUCCCAAAUAGGAGUCUUAAGUCAGAUAGAAAAUAAUAUAUCUCCGGAUGGUGAGUGUGUUAUAUGUAUGGAAUGUAAGUCUCAGGUAGUGUUUGUGCCUUGCGGUCACAUGUGUUGUUGUCAAAGUUGUUCACAGAAAGAUAUCAGCAUUUGUCCAAUGUGUAGAUCAAAUAUAGAAAGAAUUAUAAAAGUAUUGAUAGCAUAGUUUUAAAUCACUAUAUUGGUUGUGAAAUUUAUAACAACAAGACGUGUUAAGGGAUGAUAUUUGCACAAAGGACUUUAUAUUAUACAAAAUACCAUAAGUUUCAUGACGUCAUAUAGUAUAAUAUACAUUACAGUGACACUGUUAUGGCUGUGAACAAGGUUAUAGUCACUUAGUUUUUAUUUUUAGCAAGGGGGUGGGGGUAUUCUUGUAAAAACCUUGCUGGAAAUUCCCUAUAUUUACUUAGUGUACCAUUAUAGAUUAUUUUAUUGUGAUUGUAUAUAAUUAGUUUACCAACAAUACUACUUCCAAAAGAUACCUAUAUAACACAUAGCAUGUUGGAUUGAUCCUUGCUAAUAACCAUUAUUGAUCAAUUGUAUAAAAACACAUGUAAAUGAAAUAUUUCUCUAUUUUCAUACAAUACAGGUAAAGGUUGGUGUGUUACAGUCUACACAUCUUUCUAUAUUUCCUCACUAAUAACAAUAAUUGUCUAUAAAAAUAUUUAUAAGGACCACAUAUAACAUUGGAAACUAUAACUUAGUAAUGGACAAAGUUUAUUAAAAUAAUUUGAGGCUUAAGCUGGGGAAAUUGCUUAUAAGGAAUAAUAAAAAGAAAAGUAAUGAUAAAUAAUUUCUUCAUCUUAUUAUUCAAUGACAAUUAUUAUUAUAUUUAGUAUUUUAC